CUUAAAGCAUAUUUCUUUCACGUCUUUCUCUUUUUUUUUUUUUCUUUUACAUUUUUAUCUGCCUCAACAAUAGUCAUGACUGCGGUGGAUACUAAACCUACUUGGUCACAUGGGGCAAGAAAUCUUCACGACUUUAUAUGUAAAACACGAUUAUCAUCGUCAGAAAAUGAUGCCGAUCUUUUAUUACAACUACUCGAAGACAACAAACAACGGUUUCGUACCUUACUUGACGAUGCUCCCAAGAAUACAGAACAUAGACGAGCCCUUCAAGCAGGCAAUGCUUAUAUAGAUCGCGCUUUAUAUAAACCCAACGAAGAAUUCAUUAAAGAAACAUUACUUCUUUCGGAUGAACUAGAUAUCAAUGAACACGUUGCAGCAACUUUACUUUACCAUGGUCAAGCAGAAUCGAAUCGUGUUAAUUCUGAACGUAUAUACGCAUGUAUUGAACUUUAUCACACUGAACGGGGUUAUCUAUUGGCAUGUUUGGAAAUCAUUCUUAAAUCUAUCAGUGAUGCAUCUCUUGACGAUCAAAUCAAAGAAAGGUUACUACAAUUCAUAGACGAUAUUAUGACUGAUGAUGCUAUUCCUUUUGGUGAAAAUGGUCCUACCGGUACUUUUCCUUCCAAAUUACUACAAACUGCAAAAAAACUCAACACCAUGAUCAAGUCUCUCAACAAAAAUGACUCUCUUGGUGCAAGUGCAACAACAACAACAACAACAACUUCAACUACUAUUGGAUCUCAACAACUACAAACUAUGCCAACUUCAUCACAAUUAGAUAUCAAAAUUACAGCCAUGCGGAUCGACAAACUGAAAGAUGAACGAAUUUACCUCAUGCAAAUCUUAUACCACUUGGCAUUACUCUUUUGGCUUAAAGGGGAUGAUUUAUUAACAAUUUUGGGAUAUGUGGAAAAAUCAAACUUAUCGACAUUGACAACACCUUAUUUAUCUAUGAUUUUGAUGGCAGCACUCUCUCCGACAAUCGACAUACACAAGAAUGGCAAGGAUAUGGCACUCGACACUGAUCUUGUACAGAAAUGUCACGAUAAGAUACAACAAAAAGAACAAUGGAAAGUGCCGGCAUUACGAUCUAUGAUUACUUUACAAUGGGUAUCCUUCUUGAUGACUGCUUUACAACGAAAUCCUGACUUGGAAUCAAAACUAGCCAUCAACGAGCUCAAGUGUAAAGAACUAGCUUCAGAUAGUAUGUCCUCUUCUAGGGUGUUUGGGUUUAUGAAUGAUUAUUUAUUACGAUUCCAACAACAAGAUGGUCAAAGCGUAGAAGAACAGGACAAAAAGAAUUAUGUGACAGAAGACAAUGCUAUGGUGCUGGAUGGAUUGACGGUGGAUCCUGGAGACUAUACAAAGUUUCAUGCUGAUAUCAAACCUGAUUUUCAAGAAGUGGUGGUAUAUGAAAUCAAGGAAUUGACAACUUUUAUUAUCAAACAUCUGACGGAUGUUCUGCGUGAUCUCAACUAUCAACAAGAAGACAAAGUUUAUCAGAUGGGUACUGUGGUGACCAAGGGUGCAGCCAUUGUUGGACCGGAGGAUGAACUCUAUAACAAGCAAGAUCCUGAAUUAUUUUUCACACUUUUGGCUAGUAUCUAUCGUCAUGGGAAAAUCAAUCAAGGUCUUUGGUUCUGGAUUCAAAAUGAUUCGAUGGAAAACAGCUUUGUUAAAUGGGUGAUUGACAAUAUCAAGUUGGUGGGAACCAUGCGUGCGUGUUUCGAAUUCUUUGGUGCUAUUUCUUGUGGUGAUCUCUGUGCUCCUCAUGCUUUCCGUUUCUUUGAAUUAGGUACUGUCCGUACACCAAGCAUUGCAAAUAGUCAAUUAUUUUCGUGGGGAAAGUUAUUUGCUGCUAUUCAUUUUUAUGUUCCUCUCCUUCGUCAAGCAACUGAAGCUUGCCCGGCUGAAUUUCCUCCUGGAGAAGAAGAUCUGCUCAAGACAUUUUUGUAUUUAUUGAAGCAAGUGGUACAAUACUCUGGGGAAGCACGUGUAGCGUUAUGGAAUGAUCCUGUCUAUCGUGUACGUGAUUCAUUGACGGAAUUGGCAAACAGUAGUAUCUCUGCUUCUCUUCGUGCUUCUCUUUGUGACGUGAUGGCUGCAUUCUGUUCUCCAUGGGGUGGUGGGAUCAAUGAUGUUGGACGAAAUAUUUCUCUUCAAAUCUGGCAUAUCAUUGAACAUGGCAAUGUAUUUAUUAUCAAACAACAAAAACAAAAACAACAACAACAACAACAAUCUUCAAUGAAUCAAUUAUCUGGUUUUUUGAAGGAACUGUCAUUAGAAAGAGAAGCUAGAUCAUACACUGAAACUUUAUCAGCACUCAAUCUUUUGGUCAAUCUGAUUCAUACUCAAAGCAAACGGGAUGAAUUACAAAGUGGUUUCUCUCCUUUGGUAUCUUCUAUUCCAAUGGAUCUUGGCAAAGAAACAAGGUUUCCUGGUGCGCAACCCUAUAUCUCGACAGUGAUUGAUGAUGUCCUAUUGGUGUUAGAUGAUCAACGCUACAAGGUACCAAAUGAGAAAUGGGCAUUGACUGAAAUGUGUUUGAAGAUCUUGGAAAAUAGUGUGUUUUCAUUUGAUUUAUCGCAACUAUUGGAAUCACAUGUCGCUUGGCAACAAUCACCUACUUACAAGUCAGAAGUGGAUCGCGUGCUUUGUUAUUACAUUACUCAUCCUGGAUUUGAAGUGAUUAUGAGGAUCUUAUCUGGUGCUACACUGAUUGGGGAACUUUUCAAGAUCAUUGAAAGAGGAAGAAAGGCCAUCAUCAACAGCAGAACGCCGUCCAAGUCCAUUCCUAGUAGUUUGGUACGUUGUCUACGUAUUCUUUUCCGUGUGAUGCAAUUACAAGAUGCUUUUGGAAACUUGCUUGUACCUGACGUGCUUCGAUCAUCCACUCGCUUACCUUCUGGAAACUACAAAUUAGAUGAUCUUACUUUUGCACCGUGGCCGUCUCUUGCACCUGUUGGAAACCAUAUGCUUUGUAGCAAGUCGGUGAUUGUCCAAUUGGCUGAACUGGUUGAUUUUGGGGAUUAUGAAGAAAUUUGUUACCUCAGCAGCAAAAUCUUACAUGGAUUAUCAAUGGAACCGUCUACAAGUCGUGAACAAUAUGAUGUCUCGCGUGUGGCUGGUAUAUCACAUGUAUAUGGAGGAUUGGGAUCACAACUGGCGGAACUGUUAGCAAUGAGUGACCAUUCAUACGAUAUUAUCCGUGGCAUCAGUGAACGCUUUGGUAUUGAACAACCUGAACGAACAACAUAUGAUGAUUACGACUUUGAUAUCAACAAUAUUCCUUUUUGGAUGGCGACCCAGAUCUUGAACAAUAAAUACCGGUACGAAAACGACUUUGAUCAACAAUUCAUGACAUCUUCAGUGCGUGUGGCCAUUUUGGAUAUGCUAUUGGAUAAUGCCCCAAACGACAAACCAUCACCCAACUUGACAGAAUUUCUUCUUGGUAUAGAAGCUUUGACACCAACACGAACAUCACUUCUGGAAAACAACGAUCGUCAUCAUACACAAGCUCGAGGUGCCAAAUUGAUUUGUCUUCAUGCCAUUCUAGAUAUGCUUCGAGCCAAUUUGAAUGUCUCUUCUUUAGAACAAGUGGAAUACCAAGAUCAAUCUUUCCUUCCUCUGACGGCGACCCAUCCUGUCUUGGCUGAAAAAUGUUACCAACUGAUCUAUCGACUUUGUGCUAGAAAAUCAACAUCUUUCAAACUGAUGCAGUAUCUACGACUUCGGGACGAUUAUUUUUAUAACCAACUGGAGGCUAUGCUAUCAACACUCUCAGUCUACACUUUGGGCAACAAUCAUCAAAAUACAUUCACGACCCCUGGUGCCAUGGUGUUCACGGAUGGAUCCAAAGUGACUUGCGAUAUGAUUCAUUUACGAUCAGAAUUACAUCAACGAGCCUGGCGACUCAAGACGAUUGCUAUAGAACUUCAUGUUUUAUUCGAUACAAAGUCCAAAACCGAUGCAACACGAUUGUUGAAUCUAUUAUAUGGUGAUGAUGAUAAUAAUACAACGACGGACCAACAAAGACUUGCUUCUGUAGAAGAACCAUUCACUAGUUUCAUGGAUUUACCUACUACACUUGAUUUUACUUGGGAGGAUGAUCUUAUCAAGAAGAAUACCCUGGCGCUUCAUUACUUUGAUAGGUUUGAUGCCAAAUUGUUCCAAACAACAUCGGUGACGGGAUGCAAGGUCAAUGACAUUCGAUCCAUUUAUGGGUAUCUUCGACGACAACAACGCAACCUACAACAAGCAGGGACAUUGAUGAUGGAUACUGACAACUGGGCAGCUGAAAAGGAAAUGGGUGAUCUGUUACGGCAUGUGAUGGCGGACAAUCAUGCACGAGAAAUCCAACAUGGACAACAUCAUUGUUUCGACGCCUGGCUUCAAGUGAUCCAAAUCACCGUCAUCGACAAUUUCGACUUUUUACCACCAACAAAACGUGAACGUAUCCUUGGUGUAUUGAUGAUCAAACUUGUCUCUCUAUUGACGAAAUACAAACAGGAUGAGAAGCUGUUGAUGGGUGUGGCUCAUACAUUAUUACUGUUCAUGCAACGACUACAUCAUGAAGAUCAUCCAGCGACAUUGAUCCAUCAACAACUCUAUGGUGUCUUUGAAAACUUGGUUCGUCUCAUGCCCUCCAUGCCAAAACAAGUCCGGCCAAUCCUCUAUGCCGCCAUGGUUCAUCUUGUUCAAACCUUACGUGGUUCCACUUUACGAUUGGAUAUGCUGCAACAAUUGGCCAAGCUGCGUGCUGAUACCCUUCCACAAUGAAUCUGAUUUAGAUAGAUAAACAGAUUUAAAUAAAAC